GUAACCAUCCAAAUGCCUCGUGAACGCUUCUUCGCCGUAAUAAAAUCCGAAAGCAAAGAGGAACAGAAAUCCUUUUUAAAUCCGCGGGUCGCGAUUGGGCGCGUGCACACACACCUCCUCACCGCCACCCAUCCAUCAUCCAAUAUCCACCCAGAACCCGCUGCACAAAUAGAGCCGGUGCACCCAGCAGGUGCCAGACAAGCUAGGAGGUGAAAUUUUCCACUUCGACCCGAUUAGUGACUUACAGUCACAGACUCGACCUCCCUGCUGCGUUACCGCUACACCGCAUCACCUCCUCACAGACAUUCAGCACAGGACAGGCCCGAGCAACUAAAGCAGGUUUGAGCUCAUCUCAUCUAAACGAACGGUCGAUUCUGUCAGCUUCAAGCAGUGAUGGACUUCCUUGCUGGAUGCAUAGGAGGUGCUGCGGGGGUCCUCGUCGGACAUCCUUUUGACACAGUUAAGGUUCGUCUUCAGGUCCAGAGUGUUAAUAAACCACUUUACCGAGGCACUUUUCAUUGUUUCCAGUCCAUCAUACGUCAAGAAUCAAUGCUUGGUCUUUAUAAAGGCAUUGGGUCGCCCAUGAUGGGCCUGACGUUCAUCAACGCCAUCGUCUUUGGUGUUCAGGGCAACACCAUGCGUAUGUUAAGCAAGGACACACCUAUGAACCAGUUCCUUGCUGGAGCGGCGGCUGGCGCUAUCCAGUGCGUGAUCUGCUGCCCGAUGGAACUGGCCAAAACCCGAAUGCAGAUGCAAGGAACGGGCGAGAAGAAGUCGUCCUCUCGGAAGGUCUACAAAAACUCGCUGGACUGCUUGGCUCGCAUUUACCAGCGCGAGGGUUUGCGGGGAGUCAACCGGGGAAUGGUUACAACUCUUAUCCGGGAGACACCGGGCUUCGGCGUUUAUUUCCUCACAUAUGACCUCCUGACGCGUUCGCUGGGAUGCGAGCCAGAGGAUCCGUACAUGAUUCCCAAACUGCUGUUCGCCGGCGGCAUGUCGGGAAUCGCAUCCUGGCUUUCGACGUACCCGGUGGACGUGAUAAAAUCACGACUCCAAGCCGACGGGGUCGGCGGAAAGUACCAGUACAGUAGCAUCAUGGACUGCACGAGGAAGAGCAUCCAGCGCGAAGGUUGGCGUGUUUUCACACGCGGACUUACUUCCACUCUUUUACGGGCUUUUCCAGUUAACGCAGCCACUUUCGCAACGGUCACCCUCUUCCUUUUGUACGUACGUUCGGAAGACGCUCCGAAAGAUUGCGAAGCUGCUUCAGGUUCACAUCACGCGCCAUUGCAGCAGCAAGUGCAACCAUCCAGUCUGUGAGUAACCUCAUCUCUCUGGGAUAUCAACUAGCUUGAAGCGUAGCACUUCCCAAAUCAUGGCUGACCUGUUACUAAACGAACAGUUUCUGUGCAGUGAGCACAUCUGUCCACUGUAAACGGAAUUGCACAACUUCUAUCUGUACACUGACUUGAGCUCUGCAUUUGUAAAUAUAUUUUUUUAUAUUCAAUUCAAUAUACCUAUAUAUAAUUAUAGUGUUCCUGUGGCUCAAGUGGUAGAGCAUUGCGUUAGCAAGCGCAAGGUUGGGAGUUUGAAUCCCAGGGAACACAUGUUAGGAAAAAGUGUUAGACUGAAUGCAAUGUAAGUCGCUUUGGAUAAAAGCGUCUGCUAAAUGCAUCAAUUUAAAUUUAACAAACACUUUCCUGUGUCUGCCUUAUGAGAGAUGAAAGAAUCCGACCUCUGAAAGUAAGAAUUUGCAUGUUGAUGUAAUCAACAGCUACUUUUGUUGUUACUUGGGAAAACUAGAAAAACUUGCUUCGACAUUGCAAAUUAUUGCUACACUGAAGAGAAGAGAAAUUAUUGCUACACAGUGUCUAAACAAAUCCCCCAAAGCAUAUAUCAAGUUUAGCUAGGUUGGACACCAAU